AUGAAUUAUAGAAAUUUAUCAGUGAUUUAAAAUUGAUAAUCCACUGUUUCAAAACAGUGAAAUUACCAAAAUGGUAAUUUCACUGUUUUGACGGAACUACUUUUUUUCCAAUUGAAUUACCUCCCUUACUUUAUUCCAUUCAUUACUUCCCUUUGAUAUUCAUGAUUUUUUUUUAUAUUAUUUUAAUAUUUAUUAUUUAUACAAAUAUAUAUGAUAUUAAUUAAUACUAAAAUAUCAACAUACAAUAUAAUUUUAUUAAAAAAAAAAAAAAAAAAUCACAUAGAAUCUACAAUAUAUUACCUCCCUUUUAUCACCGUCUGCUAUCAUAAUUUUACAAUGGAGGAUUUAGAAGAAAUUGGAGAUUUUGAAUUUGAAGCAUUUUUUGGACAUCUUUUUGAUGAAGAAGCACACUUUGAGGAGGUAACAUCCCAAGAAAUACAAAACGAUGAGAAAAAACAAAAUAAGCCAAAUGAAAGAACAUUCAGAACAGUAAAUGUUGAUCAAUUUUUAGAAACUUCUGUCAACAAAAACACUAAAAAGAAAACAGACAGUGACAUCAAAUAUUUUAACGCAUUCCUACAGUCUAGAAAUGAAAUAAGAACACCAGAAUUCAUUCCACCAGACACUUUGAACACUUAUCUUUGUGAAUUUCUGCUAGGUGCAACCAAACCUGAUGGAAAAGAAUAUGAACCAACUACUUUAAGGGGAUUUGUCAGCUCUAUUGACCGAUAUCUUAAGUCAAAAAGUUCGAAAAUGUCAAUUAUUAAUGAUGUUGAAUUCUGUAAAACUAGAAUGGUCUUAAAGGGAAAGCAAAAACAGCUGAAAAGCUUGGGAUAUGGCAAUAAACCCAAAACAGCAGAACCUCUAACAGAAGAACACAUAAAUAAAAUGUACGAAUGUAAAACCCUGGGUGACGACAAUGCACGUGCUCUCAUUCAUUCCCUUUGGCUCAUCUGCACAACAUAUUUUGGAAUGAGAACUGGUCAGGAAAUCCAUAACCUGAGGUGGGGAGACAUAAAUCUAGAAAUGGAUGACCAAACAGGAGAAGAAUACUUAAUUUUGGACACAGAAAGACAAACCAAAACAAGGACUGGUGCAAAUCCAAAGGAUACAAGGCUAAUCAAACCAAAAGCAUUCAGCAAUCCAGAAAAUCCACAGCGAGACCCUGUUUACCUGUACAAAUUAUACAGUCUAAAGCGCCCAAAUGCUUCAAAUACAGAUGACCACAGACACUUGUUUAGAAGCGAAUAUAAGGCAUUUAUAAUGACAUUACUCCAGUAUAUACUAUAA